AUGUUAAAGUUAUCAAGAGGUGUGAACCAGAGGCUGCUACAUUGCGGCGUCACCGUUCAACUGCGGGCCACAAGAAUUAGUGGCAACGGCGCUAAUUUACUCGCUCAGAGGGGAUUCUUCUCCGGCACUGGCUUGUGGCAAGCAAACGGCAAGAAACCAUUGAGCAGAGUACCCGUGGGAGGUACGCCCAUCAAAGAUCACGGGAAGGUACGCGAAGGCUCGAUAGAGUUUUCUACGGGGAAGGCGAUUGCCCUGUUCCUAGCAGUGGGUGGGGCACUUUCUUAUUUCUUCAACAGGGAGAAACGCAGACUGGAGACGCAGAAAGAAGCGGAUGCUAACAGAGGAUACGGGAGACCCUCACUAGGUGGACCCUUCCAUCUGGAGGACAUGAACGGCAACGAGUUUACGGAGAAAAACCUUUUGGGAAAGUUUUCUAUUCUGUACUUCGGAUUUAGCAACUGUCCUGAUAUCUGUCCAGAUGAGCUAGACAAGCUGGGCGUGUGGCUCAAUACUCUGUCCUCAAAAUACGGUAUCACGUUGCAGCCGCUGUUCAUCACUUGCGACCCAGCAAGGGACUCCGCCGCCGUGUUGAAAGAGUACUUGAGCGACUUCCAUCCCUCCAUCCUGGGGUUGACGGGCACGUUCGACGAGGUGAAAAACGCGUGCAAGAAGUAUAGGGUUUACUUCUCAACGCCACCAAACGUCAAGCCCGGCCAAGAUUAUCUGGUAGACCACUCCAUCUUCUUCUACCUCAUGGAUCCCGAGGGCGAGUUUGUGGACGCUUUGGGCAGGAACUACGACGAGAAGACGGGCGUGAACAAGAUUGUGGAGCACGUUAAAAGCUAUGUGCCUGCAGAGCAGCGCGCCAAGCAGCAGAAGGCAUGGUACUCCUUCUUAUUUAAAUAA